UUUUACUUUUUGGCCCUUCCCGGUACCUGUAGUUGGUUUUGUAGCYAGUCAGUCACUGUUUUGUGUUUAUUCCAGUGGACGAACACCUGCUACAAGCUGUGGCAUCAUGUCUGACAAAAGUGAGCUGAAAGCAGAGCUUGAACGGAAGAAGCAACGGUUGGCACAAAUCAGAGAGGAGAAAAGAAGGAAGGAGGAGGAGCGCAAGAAAGCUGACCUACAGCUAAAAGAAGCUGCACUGCAGCAGGAUGACACCGACCUGGAGAAAAAAAGACGGGAGGCUGAGGCUCUUUUGCAGAGUGUGGGCAUCAUCACAGAUGUUCCAGCUGCUCCUCCUCCGACAUCUCCUACUACCAAAUCAGCGGGUACGCCAAGUGAAGCAGGAAGCCAGGACUCUGAUGGAGCCGCAGGACCUAGGACUCUGCAUUGGGACUCUGACCCGUCCACCCUUCAACUUCACUCUGAUUCUGAGCUGGGGUACUGGACACUCUCUUCUCUCCUUUCCUGGCGUGCAACUCCAAAGCUGGGAAUGGCCAAAGUCACUCUAGUGGACUUCCCACCACGUGAAAUUGUGUCCUACACAAAAGAGACCCAGACACCUGUCAUGACCCAGACAAAAGAAGAGGAAGAAGAGGAGGAAGAAAUUCCUGCAGCUCAACCAGUGGUCGAGGCUCAGACUGAGAAACUGGACCAGAAAGAGGAUGAGGAAGCACCCCCACACGAGCUCACAGAGGAGGAAAAGCUUCAGAUACUGCACUCUGAGGAGUUCACUAAUUUCUUCGAGCACAGCACUCGCAUCAUCGAGCGCGCUCUGUCCGAGCACAUCGACGUCUUCUUUGACUACAGUGGUCGUGACCUGGAGGAAAAAGAGGGGGAAAUUCAGGCUGGUGCGAAGCUCUCACUGAACAGGCAGUUCAUGGACGAACGUUGGUCCAAACAUCGUGUUGUUACCUGUUUGGACUGGUCUCCCCAGUAUCCUGAGCUCCUGGUUGCCUCAUACAACAACAAUGAGGAGGCGCCACAUGAGCCGGAUGGUGUGGCUUUAGUCUGGAACAUGAAGUACAAGAAAGCUACGCCAGAGUAUGUCUUCCACUGUCAGUCUGCYGUUAUGUCAGCGUCAUUCGCAAAGUUCCACCCGAACAUCGUUGUUGGAGGCACGUACUCGGGCCAAAUCGUCCUGUGGGACAACAGGAGCAACAAGAGGACCCCGGUGCAAAGGACCCCCCUGUCUGCAGCAGCGCACACGCACCCAGUGUAUUGUGUAAAUGUAGUGGGCACCCAGAACGCCAACAACCUGAUUAGCAUUUCCACGGAUGGCAAGAUGUGCUCGUGGAGUCUGGAUAUGCUCUCUCAGCCACAGGACAGCAUGGAGCUCGUGUUCAAGCAGUCCAAAGCUGUAGCCGUCACCUCCAUGUCUUUCCCCCUCGGAGAUGUCAACAACUUUGUGGUGGGCAGUGAGGACGGCUCCGUCUACAUGUCAUGCCGUCAUGGAAGCAAAGCGGGGAUCAGCGAGAUGUUUGAGGGUCACCACGGCCCCAUCACAGGAAUCCACUGCCACACAGCUGCAGGACCUCUGGACUUCUCCCACCUGUUUGUUACCUCUUCCUUCGACUGGACAGUCAAGCUGUGGAGCACCAAGAACAAUAAGCCGCUGUACUCGUUUGAAGACAACUCUGAUUACGUGUAUGACGUCAUGUGGUCUCCAACCCACCCAGCUCUGUUUGCAUGUGUGGACGGAGUCGGCCAUCUCGAUCUGUGGAACCUGAACAACGACACAGAGGUGCCCACCGCCAGCGUCACAGUAGAGGGUAACCCAGCUCUCAACAGGGUCAGAUGGUCUCACUCUGGCAGAGAAAUCGCAGUGGGAGACUCCGAUGGACAGGUUCUUGUGUAUGAUGUUGGAGAGCAAACUGCCGUUCCACGAAACGACGAGUGGACUCGCUUUGUUCGCACGCUGACAGAAAUCAACGAGAACAGAGACGAUGCAGAGGAGCUGGCGGCUCAGCGUCUGGCUGCGUGAGCUCGGCGCCGCUGGAUGAAACGUUUGAGGGACCAGUUCGAUGUCAGUUCUGCACUGAUAGAUGAAAAAGAUGUAACAUGACUGAAAAUGAGGAAAUUGUAUCAGAUGAUGAGCUUCAACACUCUUCUUAKACACCUGCUUUGUCAGUUAGCUGGAUCAUCACCAGUCUUCCUCAGACAUCAGGGCUACCAACCUCAGACACUAACAUUAAGCCAUAAGGGUUUUUUUUUUUUUCUAUUCUGCCAGAUGCCUUAACUUUACCCUUCAUUAUUUACAGCAUAGGGGCCUUCAUUUUUAGUGUUUUUUUCAAGCCAAAUCAGUGCAUCACUGCACAAACUUUUAAAAAUCAGUCAUAUUGUAGCCAAUGUUCAUUUCCAGAUAGGUUUUAGUUAAACAAUCAUCUCAGAUCUUCCAGGAUUGUAAGAAUCUCAUCGCUGUAAAUUAAGUUGUCAUCUCUACUCCUAUCGACUCGAUAAUGUUCACUUGUUUGUAGAAUGGUGAAAUGUUCAGACUUUGUAUUUGUUUUCUAAUCAGAUGAAUGCUGUAUCUGCUCAGUGACGGGAUCUGAAAACCUCAAAGUUGGAUGUUAAAACUGGGAAUGUUCUUUUCACAGUAAAAACACUUUGAAUGAUUUAUUUCAAUAAAAUACAAUAAAUACACUUAAAUUA